AUGGAUUGCCUCAAUGAUAAGGGUUGCGUGUCGGGGGAAAGAAAUGCUCGCGGACGACGGGAGGUUGUCGCCACGAACACCGCGGACGAAGACGGUAGUAGUAGUAGUAGUGGUAGUAGUAGUAGUAGCAGCUAUGACGACUAUUCUUCGACAUCUCCCGACGGAUACACCGACGGCUCUAGUAUGACCGAUGACGAUGCGACGACCAGUUCUACUUCUUCUUCUUCUUCUGCAUCGUCAUCGUCUGGGGACGACGAUAGUGACACGCUAUGGUAUUGCCGCGACGAUGUAGGCGCUUACAACGACGGCGAGAGUAGCAGCGACGAUACCGGGGAUGAUGUACCAGCCACGAGACGUCGAGGGGACUCCCUUCUGUGGCGUUCACCUCGAGCAAGCAAGGGUGGACGACGUGGUGACACUACGGACUCGGCUAUCCCUCCGAUACCGCCACCCAAGCGUAUUUUGAAAAGGAAAUAA